UGAACCAUCGCAAUGACCUGGAAGUGGAUGCCGGGCGAGGAGGUGUCUGACAGACGUUGGUGACUGAGCAUGGCUGAGCAGCGAGACAAAGAGGAUGAACUGGACGACAUGCCUGAACUCCUGGAAGCCGAUGAUGACAUGUGGUGUGACUGGGAUGAAGGAGAUCACAGCAAAUGCGAAUUGCAAGUACGCUGUCUGUUUUGUGAAAGAUUGUUCCACUCUGCUCAAGAUACAUUUUCUCACUGUACAUCAGAGCAUCAAUUUGACAUUAACCAAAUGGUCCACAAGCAUGGUCUUGACUGUUAUCAGUAUAUCAAGCUUGUCAAUUUCAUUAGAAUCACAAAUCCUUCCGCAGAAUUUUUUCAGUCCAUUCAUGAUGAAGUCCCCUGGGAUAAAGAAGAAUAUAUGAAACCAUUUUGCACUGAGGACCCAUUACUCCAGUUUGAUAUUGAUGAGAUCUGGGAGCACGUGGUGCAGAAGCCAUGUCCAUCUGAGCAAACUAAUGAUCCAGGCCAGGUCCAAGCCUCCCACCUCCAAAGCUUGGCGGAGGUAGAGAGGAGGGCCGAGAAAGCUGAAGCAGCUGUUGAAAGGAUCAUGGAAGAUUUCCAAAAAUUAAGACAAUAUGUGCAGGAUUUCGUGAUAAAUGUGGAUGCCAGAACUGGUACAUCAAACGCAAAUGCAAUAGCAGACCUUCAGGAAGAAGAGGAAAGUGUCUACUUCAGUUCUUAUGGGCAUUAUGGCAUACACGAAGAGAUGCUGAAGGACAAAGUGCGGACAGAAAGCUACAGGGAUUUCAUGUACUUCAACCCACAUAUUUUCAAGGACAAGGUAAUCUUGGAUGUUGGAUGUGGGACUGGAAUCCUCUCCAUGUUUGCAGCCAGAGCUGGGGCCAAGCAUGUAAUUGGAGUUGACCAGUCUGAGAUCAUUUACCAGGCCAUGGAUAUUGUGAGGGAAAAUGAUCUGGAUGGUGUUGUAACACUGAUCAGAGGAAGGAUUGAGGACAUAGAUCUUCCAGUUGAUAAGGUGGACGUUAUUGUUUCUGAGUGGAUGGGUUACUUUUUGCUGUUCGAAUCCAUGCUGGACUCGGUCAUAUGUGCACGGGACAAGUACCUGAUGGAAGGCGGUGCAGUGUACCCUGAUAUCUGCACCCUCAGUCUGGUAGCAGUGGGGGACAGGAAAAAACACAAUGAGCACGUUGCCUUCUGGGAUGAUGUGUACGGCUUUAAGAUGUCCUGCAUGAAGAAAGUGGUCAUCCCAGAAGCUAUGGUGGAAAUGCUGAAUCCUGACACCAUCAUUUCAGAGAGCUGUGUUAUCAAGAUGAUGGACUGCAACACUGUUAGAAUCUCAGAUUUGGAUUUCACCUCUGAAUUCUCAUUGGAGGUAACCAAGGAUCAUGAUUGUGUGGCAAUUGCUGGCUACUUUGAUAUUUCAUUUGAGAAGAAUUGCAGCAGUAAGGUCAUGUUCUCCACUGGUCCAAAAAGUACCAAAACUCACUGGAAACAAACUGUGUUUCUUCUGGAACAUUCCAUCUCAGUAAAAAAAGGUGAUGUCUUACAUGGGAAGAUUACUUGCUGCAAGAAUCGAAAGGAUCCUCGAUCAUUAAUUGUAACACUCUUAAUUAACGGUACAAAGCAAACGUACAGUGUUCAGUGAAGAUUUGUUCGCUGGCACCACAAGGUCUGUCUCCACCUCUUCAUUUUGUUUCAACGGAUUUAGCUCUCCGCAUGUCUGAUAAUUGAAUGUCCAUUUGUCAUAUCCAAAUGAAGUAUAAUUUGAAAAUUCAAUGACUUUGAUUUAUUUUUCACAAAUAAAGCUAUUGAAUAACUUGAA